GUCGGCGUGUGUGCGUUAAAGAAUGUCUCGUGCAGAGAAGGCUCGCGACUGUCACUCACUCCGCGAGGCCUGACGCGCAGACCUCAAACCGGUGUGUGUCGGUAUCAGUGCAGCCAUGCUGUCCAGAUUAAGCAUGAGUGUGAGGCCGUGUGUGAGCGUGUGCCGAUGGGUUCACACUAAAGAAAAGGGAAAACCGCUCAUGCUCAACCCACGUACCAACAAGGGAAUGGCCUUCACUCUGAAGGAACGGCAGAUUUUGGGCAUUCAUGGUCUGUUGCCUCCAAAGAUCGAGACUCAGGACACCCAGGCCAUGCGCUUCCAGAAGAACCUGAAGAAGAUGUCCGACCCACUGCAGAAGUACAUCUAUCUAAUGGGGAUUCAGGAAAGAAACGAGCGUCUCUUCUACCGCGUGCUUAUGGAAGACAUUGAGGCUCUCAUGCCCAUCGUCUACACACCUACUGUUGGUCUCGCAUGUACUCAGUAUGGACAUAUCUUCAGGCGACCCAAUUAUCGAUUUCUGAAGAAAUACCGUGAGAAGUACUGCACCUUCAAUGAUGACAUCCAGGGCACUGCAUCAGUAGCUCUGGCGGGUUUACUGUCAGCUCAACGCGUUGUGGGAAAGUCAAUAACUGAACAUAAAGUUCUGUUUCUGGGGGCUGGAGAGGCUGCUCUGGGAAUCGCUAACCUGAUCGUCAUGGCCAUGAUGGAGUCGGGAAUGUCCCAGGCAGAAGCCAGAAAGAAAAUCUGGAUGUUUGACAAAUAUGGUCUGUUAGUAAAGGUGAGCAAGAUGAAAAUACACAUUCAAAUAUAUAAAGUCAGUAAUCCCUGCACCUUCAAUGAUGACAUCCAGGGCACUGCAUCAGUAGCUCUGGCGGGUUUACUGUCAGCUCAACGCGUUGUGGGGAAGUCAAUAACUGAACAUAAAGUUCUGUUUCUGGGAGCUGGAGAGGCUGCUCUGGGAAUCGCUAACCUGAUCGUCAUGGCCAUGAUGGAGUCGGGAAUGUCUCAGGCAGAAGCCAGAAAGAAAAUCUGGAUGUUUGACAAAUAUGGUCUGUUAGUAAAGGGCAGAGCUUAUGAGACAGAUAGUAAUCAGGAGGGUUUUGUUCACCCUGAUCCCGGGGACGUGAAAAGCUUCUUAGACGCUGUCAAUGUUAUUAAGCCCACUGCCAUCAUCGGUGUGUCAGGUGCCGGCCGGCUCUUCACUCAUGAUGUCAUCAGAGCAAUGGGCAGCUUGAACGAGCAUCCGAUUAUCUUCGCCCUCAGCAACCCGACUGCCAAGGCAGAGUGUACAGCUGAAGACGCCUACAGCCUCACACAGGGAAGGUGUUUGUUUGCCAGUGGCAGUCCGUUUGCCCCGGUGUCACUAGAAGAUGGCAGAAUACUGACCCCUGGACAGGGCAACAAUGCUUAUAUAUUCCCAGGUGUAGCUCUGGCUGUUAUACUCAGUGGAGUGCGACACAUCAGUGAUACGGUCUUCCUUGAGGCCGCAAAGACGCUGGCGGAUCAGCUGACAGAUGAAGAGCUGAGUCAGGGCCGACUGUAUCCACCCCUGUCCAACAUCAGAGAGGUGUCACUGCAGAUGGCCAUCAAGGUGAUGCAGUACGUGUAUUCAAAGGGAAUGGCGGAACAACACGUUACAACAUAAUUCACAGAAGUUUGAAAACCGGUUUUAUAUUUCUUUUGACACCUUACCCUACAAAAUAUCUAGUGAACACUCGUAUGUUCCGGACGAACACUGAGAUGUUUCGUUUAAGUCAGCCCUGUGUAGUGCUGGGCGGUAUACCGGUUCAUACCGAAUACCGGCG